AUGUUCUUUACCCACUUGAUCCUCGCCUCCUUGACUGUAACGACAGCUCUCUCUAACCACCACUUUCACGCACUAGACUCGCACGUUUUCGGCAAACGUCAAGAGUAUCAACCACCCACGCACCAAUGUGGCAUUGGGACAACAUGCGAAGAAUCUUGCGGUGCUGGGUAUUCACUUUGUAGUGAUCCAGACACAUUCCUCUGCUGGAACCCGGAUUUGGAACAAACAUGUUGCGAAUCAGGCUCAGCUGCUUCCUGGGCUUGCCCUGAUGGUGAUUACUGCCUUGUCGACGGCUGGUGCUGUCCUCGGGGCCUAGACCCUCAAGCAUGCGCUGUAUCCUUUGGCGUCACCUUGCCAGCUACCUUCGUUGGCCCUACUGCCACACCCGUUGUCUCGAACAUGACUUUCUCCUUCACCACGCCGACUUCAGCAAUCGCUCCGCCGACUUCAGCAUCGACUUCGCUUCCUGAGUUCACUGGUGCGGCCAGUCUGAACACCUUUACAGGUCGAAAUGGUCUGUUGUAUACUGUCCUGGUUAUACUGGGCAACCUGUUCUAG